UGGCCGUUUGAAGUGACUAAUUUCUGUCAUAUGACUGAGGCGCCCAUGGGGGUGGCGGAGCGGCUUUAGGAGCGGGGGCCUAGCAGGCGCCCAGCGGAGCGACCCCGGCCUGGACGCGGGCAGCAUGGCCCCUACGCUGUUCCAGAAGCUCUUCAGCAAGAGGAGCGGGCUGGGCGCGCCUGGCCGAGACGCCCGGGACCCGGAUUGCGCGUUCAGUUGGCCUUUACCAGAGUUUGAUCCAAGCCAGAUUCGACUGAUUGUAUAUCAAGACUGUGAAAGACGAGGGAGAAAUGUCUUAUUUGACUCCAGUGUUAAGAGAAAAAGUGAGGACAUAUCAGUAUCGAAACUUUGUAGUGAUGCUCAAGUUAAAGUCUUUGGGAAAUGCUGCCAGCUAAAACCUGGAGGAGACAGUUCUUCCUCUUUGGAUAGUUCUGUAACUUCAUCUUCUGAUGUAAAAGACCAGUGUCCUAAAUAUCAGGGUUCUCGGUGCUCUUCUGAUGCCAAUAUGCUUGGAGAGAUGAUGUUUGGCUCAGUAGCAAUGAGCUACAAAGGAUCUACUUUAAAAAUUCAUCAGAUUCGUUCCCCUCCACAGUUAAUGCUCAGCAAAGUAUUUACAGCACGAACCGGCAGCAGUAUCUGUGGAAGUCUCAAUACGCUACAAGAUAGUCUUGAAUUCAUCAAUCAGGACAGCAAUACAUUAAAGACUGAUAAUAACACAGUUAUUAAUGGAUUACUUGGAAAUAUAGGUCUUUCACAGUUCUGCAGCCCCAGGCGGGCAUUCUCUGAGCAGGGUCCGCUCCGCCUGAUCAGGAGCGCCUCUUUCUUUGCAGUUCACAGCAACCCCAUGGACAUGCCUGGAAGAGAGCUGAAUGAGGACAGAGACAGUGGCAUAGCACGGUCUGCAUCUCUCAGCAGCUUGCUUAUCACUCCAUUUCCUUCCCCAAACUCUUCACUUACCCGAAGUUGUGCCAGCAGCUACCAGCGACGUUGGCGACGCAGUCAAACAACAAGUUUGGAAAAUGGGGUAUUUCCUAGAUGGUCUAUAGAAGAAAGCUUUAAUCUGUCAGAUGAAAGCUGUGGCCCUAACCCAGGAAUUGUGAGGAAAAAGAAGAUUGCAAUUGGGGUAAUCUUUUCAUUAUCCAAAGAUGAAGAUGAAAAUAACAAAUUUAAUGAAUUCUUUUUUUCACAUUUUCCUCUCUUUGAAAGCCACAUGAACAAAUUAAAGAGUGCAAUAGAACAGGCUAUGAAAAUGAGCCGGAGAUCAGCUGAUGCCAGUCAGAGGAGUUUGGCAUAUAAUCGAAUAGUUGAUGCACUAAAUGAAUUCAGAGCAACAAUUUGUAAUCUUUACACAAUGCCACGAAUUGGAGAACCUGUCUGGCUUACAAUGAUGUCGGGGACUCCAGAAAAGAACCAACUUUGCCAUCGUUUCAUGAAGGAAUUCACUUUUCUAAUGGAAAAUGCUUCCAAAAAUCAAUUCUUGCCAGCUCUCAUUACUGCAGUUCUGACCAAUCAUCUUGCCUGGGUUCCAACAGUCAUGCCAAAUGGACAACCACCUAUAAAAAUAUUUUUAGAAAAACAUUCCUCUCAGAGUGUGGACAUGUUGGCAAAGACUCAUCCAUAUAACCCACUUUGGGCACAGCUAGGAGACUUGUAUGGCGCUAUUGGCUCUCCUGUACGGUUAGCGAGGACCGUGGUAGUUGGCAAACGACAAGACAUGGUCCAGAGGCUACUUUAUUUUCUUACUUAUUUUAUAAGAUGCUCUGAACUUCAAGAAACCCAUCUUUUAGAAAACGGAGAAGAUGAAGCCAUCGUUAUGCCAGGCACCGUAAUUACUACCACUUUAGAGAAAGGUGAAAUAGAAGAAUCGGAGUAUGUGCUUGUCACAAUGCAUAGAAACAAGAGCAGUUUGCUCUUUAAAGAAUCAGAAGAAGUAAGAACUCCUAAUUGUAAUUGUAAAUAUUGCAGUCAUCCACUCCUUGGGCAAAAUAUAGAGAAUGUUUCACUGCAAGAGAGAGAUAUUCAAAACAGCUCUAAGGAGCUGCUAGGAAUUUCAGAUGAGCGCCGAGUGAUUUCUCCUUCUGACUGCCAAGAAGAAAAUGUUGUUGAUGUUAAACAGUACAGAGAUAAAUUAAGAACUUGCCUUGACACCAAGUUAGAGACAGUUGUUUGCACAGGAUCUGCUCCAGUAGACAAACAUGCAUUGUCAGAGUCAGGCUUAGAGCCAACAGAGAAAACAUGGCAGAGUGAGGAAUUGCUGGAAUCAGAUAGUCACACAGGCAAAGCAAUGAGAUCCACAGGAAUAGUUGUGGAAAAAAAACCUCCAGAUAAGGUUGUACCUGCUGCAUUUUCUUGUGAGGCAGCUCAGACAAAGGUUACUUUCCUGAUUGGGGAUUCUAUGUCACCUGAUUCAGAUACUGAACUCCGAAGUCAGGCAGUGGUGGAUCAGAUUACCAGGCAUCACACCAAGCCAUUGAAGGAGGAAAGAGGGGCUAUUGAUCAGCGUCAAGAAACUAAACAUACAACUAAGGACCAAUCUGGAGAGUGUAAUACACAGAACAUUGUUUCUGGAGAUUCUUGUGGACUUCCUUGUUGGAAUCAUUCAGAUCCUGAAAGCAUGAGCUUAUUUGAUGAAUAUUUUAAUGAUGAUUCAAUUGAAACCAGGACUAUUGAUGAUGUUCCAGUUAAAACAAGUACAGACAGUAAAGAACACUGCUGUAGGUUAGAGUUUUCAAAAAGAUUGUAUGCAAAAAAUAACAAACAGAACAAUGAAUUUUGUAAAUGUGUAGAAACAGUUCACCAAGAUUCAUGUAAAACCUGCUUUCCUCAGCAGGACCAAAGGGUGGCACUCUCCAUUCUUGUCCCCCAUGGGGAUAAAGAGAGUUCAGAGAAAAAAAAUGCUGUAGGAACUGAAUGGGACAUUCCAAGAAAUGAAAGUUCAGAUAGUGCCCUUGGGGAUAGUGAAAGUGAAGAUACAGGUCAUGAUAUGACUAGACAAGUCAGCAGUUAUUAUGGAGGAGAACAAGAAGAUUGGGCAGAAGAGGAUGAGAUACCUUUUCCUGGGUCAAAGUUAAUUGAAGUGAGUUCGGUUCAGCCUAACAUUGCCAACUUUGGGAGGUCUUUGCUGGGUGGCUACUGCUCAACCUAUGUGCCUGACUUUGUUCUUCAAGGAAUUGGGAGUGAUGAGAGGCUCCGUCAGUGUCUGGUGUCAGAUUUGUCUCACACUGUGCAGCAUCCAGUGUUGGAUGAACCAAUAGCAGAAGCUGUCUGUAUUAUAGCUGAUAUGGAUAAAUGGACUGUUCAAGUGGCCAGUAGCCAGAGGCGUGUCACAGAUAAUAAAUUGGGAAAAGAAGUGUUGGUUUCCAGUCUUGUUUCCAGCCUACUUCAUUCCACUCUUCAGCUUUAUAAGCAUAACUUGUCUCCAAAUUUUUGUGUAAUGCAUCUUGAAGACCGGUUGCAGGAGCUAUACUUCAAGAGUAAAAUGUUGUCAGAGUAUCUGAGGGGGCAGAUGCGUGUUCAUGUCAAGGAGCUGGGAGUGGUUCUGGGGAUUGAAUCCAGUGAUCUUCCCCUCCUGGCUGCUGUAGCAAGCACUCACUCUCCAUAUGUUGCACAAAUACUCCUUUAACAUGUCUAAAGAUUGUAAGUGGUUGGUUGAAAGAUAAGUAGAAACCAAGGAAACAAAGACACAUUUAUGAAGAUUUUUUUCCCUUUUAGAUUUUCAUCUGAAUUAGUCAGUCACUGAUGUAUAUCCUGCAUUGCGUUGCAUAUUCUCUGUAUUUUGGAUGGCUUUUUUCUUUUUGAUAGGGCUUUUGGGUGUUGGUAGACUUUUAAACAAGUGAAGUUAAAGCAGCCUAAAUAAUUUUGAAACAUUUGAAAAAGCCAAAGUGUACUGUAAGUAACUUCUAUAAAAUGAAUAUUAUUGAGGAAUUUCAUGUGAUUAUUACAGUGUUGUCAUAACUCUUAAAUAGCAACAGCUGUCUCGUGAUUUAGUGGUUCAGAAAUAGUCAUUUCAUUCAUUUUUAAUUCUUUAUUUCUAAGGUACAGAGAUUAGUAAAACCUUGAUUGUUAUUUUGUAAUUCAAAACAGCUAAUUUCUGGUUAAUUUUUGAAGUAUUUUAAACAGCCUGUUUAUUAUAACAAACUCAGAAUAAUGAGUGUAAAUGUGUGUUAUGUAAGUGUACAUAUGUAUCUAUUUUUUUUAAAUAGCAGAAGUAGGAGUACAAGAUUGGUAAACAUGCCUUUUUAAGAAAAUAUUUUCAACUAGUAUUAAUUAUGUGUAAUGUUGAAAUUUUACUUUCUGGUGAGUUUUCUGUUUCACACACUCUAAAAUAUAAAUAAAGCCAAUCUUUUUUUAAGGCUGAGGAAUAUAGAUUUCCAAAAUAAGAAUACUACUUUAUACAAUUUGUUUAUAAGUGUAGACUAAUUCUUAUAAAUAUUAAUGUUUGCAUAUUCACUAAUUUAAUAAAUGAAAUUGGGAUUAAAAAUUACACCAAAGCAUUGGCAAAAAUAAUACAAUUUUCUUUAAAAGUGCUCAGGUAGCCAAGGUCCUUGCUUUCAGUAUCUAGCCCUUUUGAAUCCAUAGGUGUCGAAUAUUUAUUUCACUGCUUAAUAAUAUUCAAAUUACACUAAUGGAUAUUAUAACUCCUAAAAUUAUUCUCUUGUGAGAAUAAGAGCCCUUUUCAUUCAAAAACUGGGUUUUUUCAAAGAUUUCCACUCCUCAGUUGUUGCCCUUGUAUAUACUGUAGAGUGUUGCUUGCAAGAAAGGCUAAUAUGGAACCAAACUCCUGUAAGUAAUGUAAAUAGAAAGAUGGGUAGAUAAAGUUUUCAGUAUGCUCUACUACCUCAGUUUAUUUGAAUACUACAUUAUAGUUUAUUCUUUGCUUAUCUGGUGGAACAUACUUUUAAUGCUAGUAGUAAAGUUGGUUUCUGCUUUCAUUGACUGUUUUCAUCAUAGUUUCAUCAUUGAUUAAGAAAAAGAAAACCACUUGCCUAUUUAGUUACUAAAUACAUUUACAAAGCAACAUAUCCAUUCUUGCUGUUUAAAUUUUCAAUAAUUCAUGAAAAAUUUCUGUGAUUUGUUUAGUCUUUGACCUUGAAUUUUUAACAUUGGGUCACAUUUUGCCUUGCUCUUUAUGUAUUCAAGAGAUCUCCAACUAGCUGAACAAGAAAUGGUGUUUUAAUGGAAUGUAAACCUGAAAUUGUUGUGCCUACGAUCUUUGGCCCAGAACCUUUUAGCUGGUCCCAGUUAGUACUUGAGUCUCCCAUGGAAGACUUGUUGCCAAGGAGUGUUUGUGGAUAUAUUUACUUUGGCUUAAUGUUCUUAUUCCAUUCAUUAACAGAAUUCUUCUGUUGUCUGAUUUUGGACUUCUAUGAGUCAAUCUCUUUGGCAGAAUUCAGAAUACAGAAAAGUUCAUAUGUGUGCCAUUGUACAUUAUUUUUUGAUUGUAGCUCAGAAUAUGUAGCAGGUAGAUAAUGUUUCUUUCUGGGUGUUUUCUUAACUAUCAAACUAUUCUUUAUUUAAAAUUUAGAAAUUUUAAUCCUUACUAAGUGGAUGGCUCAUGCUACUGUUAUUCUUAAAGCUAAGCUUUACUGAGAAGGAAAAGGCCUAAAGUUUCAUAAAGAAUCACUAUCCUAUAAGAUUUCUGAUGGUUUUUUCCUUCUUCCUUCUGGAUUCAUGAGUUUGUAAUUCCUAAUCCUUCUAUAAUUUCUAUUAUCUUCAUCAUAGUCAUUCUUUCCUUACACAAAGCCCAAGGAAUGAGCUGCUACUUCUUUAAAGAGUAGUCAUUAUGAUGAAUGUGAAAAUAAUUUUGAACUGUUUGAAAUAAUUUUUUCAACUUCUUAUGGUACAGAGGUGUUAUAUAUAUUUUUUAAAAAAAAACCCUGUUUGUUACGGCAGGAAAUACAAAAGGGAUCUUUUACAUUAUAGAAUUAAAACUAAUUUGUCCUUGUAUAUAAACUAAUUGGUUUGAUUUCAAAUAUUUCUAGCUUUUAUUAAUGUCUUAAUUUUGAGUUUGAAAAUGUUAAGUGCAAUAAAAACAUACUAAUACAGAUUUUGUUUUGUUGUAAUUGGCAUACUCUGGGAACGAUCAAUUAAAAAAAAAACUAGAUUUGCCAUAAUGCCUACUUCUGGUAGAUGUCUUAUGAGAAUGUUCUGCUUUCUGUAAGUUAUUUAGAUGGUGGAUAUGUAAAAUGUACAUACUUGUUUCUUGUUCUGUAUACAUUUCUCAAAUGUACACCUGUAUUAUAAUAACCUCCCAGUUCUAGGGAAAACUUGUGCAAUAAAUACACAUGUCAAUUUGAUGAA